UAAAUCGUGUACUGGCCUUUUAAGGGUCACGUAUAUGUAGUCAAGGCAAUGUUGUGUAUACUUCCGGGUUAUCGUGGCUCAAGCAAGAGGGACGCAAACACGCCCAGGGCGCGGAGCAAAGCGGAUUAGUGUCCCGCAGAGAUGGCGGGGGAGGAGAUGGAUCACAUUCCUGAAUCCGGAGCAGUUUUCACAUUCGGGAAGAGUAAAUUUGCAGACAACGUUCCCAGUAAAUUUUGGUUUAAAAAUGAUGUUCCUCGAAAAAUAGCCUGUGGUGAUGAACAUACGGCCUUAUUAACAGAAAAUGGGAAACUAUUCAUGUUUGGCAGCAACAAUUGGGGACAGCUCGGUCUGGGAUCCAAGAUGACAGUCAAGAAGCCCACUUGUGUCAGAGCUCUCAAGUCAGAGAAAAUCCAACUCGUGGCCUGUGGAAGAAACCAUACGCUCAUCUGUACAGCUCAGGGGCAUGUGUACGCCACAGGCGGCAACAGUGAGGGUCAACUGGGUCUCGGCGACUGCGAUGAGCGAACGUCCUUUCAGAGACUGAAGUUCUUUGAUUCCUACGGGCCAAUCAAAAUGCUUGCUGCUGGUUCAAACACAUCAGCUGCCCUCACUGAGAGCGGUGAGCUGUUCAUGUGGGGGGAUAACUCAGAGGGUCAAGUCGGCUUGGGGAAGGAGAGCCAUUCAUGUUCACCUCAGGAGGUCAGCGCGGGACAGCCCAUCGCAUGGGUGUCCUGUGGAUACUACCACUCUGCAUAUGUGACAGCGGACGGAGCUCUGUACACAUUCGGAGAGCGGGACAGCGGUAAACUGGGUCUGGGAACAGACCAGCUGGCUCGUCAUCGAUUCCCUCAAAUUGUGAAGAGCAUGCCUGAGCCGGUCACUCAGGUGGCCUGUGGUGGCGGACACACUGUGGCCGUUACAGAGAAUGGAGUUUAUGCCUUCGGGCUGGGUCAGUUUGGUCAGCUGGGCCAUGGCACAUUCAUAUUUGAAUCACGGCUGCCGCGCCAGAUAGAGCACUUCAAGAAAGGUCGAGUGUGCCAGGUGGCAUGCGGCGAGAACCACUCAGCGGUCAUCACAGAGAGGGGUCUGCUUUACACAUUUGGUGACGGCAGACAUGGCAAACUGGGUCUGGGAGAAGAAAACUUCACCAACCAGUUCAAGCCAACUCUGUGUCCGCGUUUCAUCAAGUGCCAGGUCCAGGAAGCAGUUUGCGGCGGUUGCCACAUGGUCGUGCUGGCGCGACCUAGAGAUGCGAGCUGUGGCACGGUCUUGCUGGAAGACAAUGACGUGACUGAGGAUUACCUGGAGAAGCCGUAUGUGGAGCUACUGGGCGACCUGGGCGACGCCUCCAACCCGGCCCGUGUUCGCCGCAGGGAAAGGGAACAUUCACCGGAGCAGUUUGGCACCAUGUCCGGAACAUCGCCCACGGUGACAUCAAGCUACCUCCAGCCACCACCUCCCGUCUCCAGCCACACCACCGUGCCCAACCUGCCUUCAUCAGAACUGGCCCACAGAAAGGUGCUCCAUAGCGCUCAUCGACAUGGCAACAAGGAACCGCCUGCGGGCCAGGGUGACGACAUUGUGGAGAGCCUGAGUGACACAGACAGUGUGAAAGGCUUGGGAGAAACUACAGAUUUCUUCAACAUGACCCAUAUGAUGAAGAUGGAUCCUGGUGAUAAAAUACUCACACUUUCUCCACUUCACAAGAAGAAGGGUAAACAUGGUAAAACCUUAACGAGUCAGAAAGAGAAACCAUUAAAAGAGAGCAAACUCUCGGAGCGGCCCGGCUUCUCUUCAACGUUGCUAUCCCAUAAGCGUGAGGUUGUGGCUGCUCGCAAAGCGGCGCCCGCCAAGCUCUCGAGGAGCUCAAGUGCCCGCUCUCAGAAGAUGACCAAGCAGAACAAGGAGAACCGUGUCGCAGCUUCCAAGCGGGGUUCAGAAGACUUCAGGAAAGCAGUGGGCAGACGGCAGCUUCAACCAUCGGCAUCCACGAUUCAGCAAGAGAAACUUGAACGGGAACCAAAAGCCAUUUCAAAACAAUACAAAGGAAAAACAACCCGAGUCACAAAGCAAUAUUCAGACUUCAGUUUAAGCGAUGCGCGUGAAUUGAGCCCAGAACAGCGGCCUGAGGGGGAAGCUAAACCCAAGCAAAUCUGCCCCAAAGAUCCUAAAACGUCAAAAAAUGAGAGAAACAGAAAAGUGGCAAAGUCCAAAAAUGCUGAAGAUAUGCCGUCUUUGCACCUGGUCGCUGGAGCUGCUUCGUUGCUCCAGGAGCUGGCGGCCUUCACUUUGCCUUCGCCGUCUGAGAGCAGCCACCAUGUCACCUUGGACAGAGCGACCCUGUCUGACGGCAAUCGCUCUGCCUUGAGUGUCAGCAGCGGUCCUUCGUCCGAAAGAGGAAGACAAAGCCUUCAGGACUCAGUCAAACAGGACGAGGAGGACGUUGACCAGGACGGACAGACGGAGGUUGAAGAGGAAGAGCGGGUGAGCAAGGUGACAAGUCCAAGCGAGCAAGAGGUGACGGCAAGUCAAAACGAUGAGAAAGUCACCGAACAAGACGAUAGUGACACUCUUGAGCCAGAAGACAAGUCAGGAACUGAUGAGGAGGAAGAAGGUGAAAGUGUUCAGGAGGGGGAGGAAGAAGAAAAAACCCAACCUUUUGGAAAACAAAGAGAGGACAAAGAGAAAAAUAGCAAAGAUUUGAGCGUUGAAGAAGAGACAGAAGAAGGGGAGGAAGAGUCGGAUAAUGAAUCAGAAUGUGAAGACAAGGAGGAGCAUAGAAGUGAGGAGGAAGAGGAAGGGGAGGAAGAAGAAUCUGCUUCUUCAAAGGAAAGUGGUAAUGACAUGUGUGAAGAAGAGGAAGAGGGGGAAAGCAGCGAGGAAGGAGAAAGUGGAAACGAAUCAGGGGAAGGUGAGGAAGAGAAGACUGAAGAAGAAGAGGAGGAAGAGGAGGAGGAGGAAAAUGAAGAAGAGGAGAAUAGGAAUGAAGAGGAAGAGAGUGAAGAGGAGGAGGAGAAGGGAAAUGAAGAGGAGGAGAGUGGAGAGGAGGAGGAGGAUGAGGAGGAGGUGAGUGAAGAUGAGGAGGUGAGUGAAGAUGAGGAGGAGGAGAGUGAAGAUGAAGAGGAGGAGGAGGAGGAGACUGAAGAUGAGGAGACUGCAGACGAGGGCAAGAUUGAAGAGGAGGAGCAAGAAAGUGAGGCUGAAGAGGAAGAGGAGGAGAAGGAGAAGGAGGAAGAGGUAAAAAAGAAACGUGCUAAAGCUCAGAGACAACCGAGGUCAGGAUUCAAAGGACUUCACCAAAGAAUCCGGUCAGAGUGACAGCGAAGGUGAGGAAGAUGAAGAGGAUGAGUCGCAUCAAGAUGACGAUGCAGGAGGAAUGCCUGCGCAGGAAUUGGGGGAAUCGCUGCAGAAUGUUGUCAAGCUGUCGGAAGAAUUUCCCCCUGUUGGGAAGCCGCACAAC